AUGAAAGGAGCAUUAUUCGUGGUCGGCCUACUGCUGAUCAUUGCUCAGUGGUGGGUACCCACGAACGCAGGAUGGCAAGAGAACGUGCGACCGAAAAUAUCGGCUGUUCGAAAUGGAAAUUUAUUCUCCGCCACAGUAGCAGAUUUUUCCAGUAUGGACCCGAUUAUUUACAAAGAACAGUUACAGACCGAACAGUAUGACUCAUUGAGCCUGAAUGCUCCGCAUUUCGUGCAUUCAUUUGCCCACGGCGAUUUCGUCUACUUCUUCUUCAGAGAAACGGCUGUCGAAUAUAUAAACUGCGGAAAAAAUGUAUUCUCUCGAGUGGCAAGGGUGUGCAAAAACGAUCGCGGUGGACCACAACAGCUCAAAAACCGGUGGACAUCGUAUCUGAAGUCUCGUCUCAACUGUUCCGUACCUGGCGAAUUUCCAUUUUACUUCAAUGAAAUACAAUCGUCGACAGACCUGGUGCAAGGUGUCUAUGGGACCAAACAGCAUUUCAUGAUGUACGGCGUGUUCACAACACCGGUAAACAGUAUCACGGGGUCGGCGGUGUGCGCUUUUUCACUGUCUGACGUGCUCGACUCGUUCGAGGGUGAGUUCAAGGAACAGACCUACAUGAACAACAAUUGGCUACCAGUACCCGGGUCCAAGGUGCCGGACCCCAGACCUGGCCAAUGUGCCAACGAUUCCCGGACACUGCCUGACCUCACGUUGAAUUUCAUCAAAAGCCAUUCGCUGAUGGACGAAGCAGUCAGGUCGUUCUACCAACAGCCAAUCAUCGUCCGCACGAGUGUCAAUUAUAGGUUCACGGUGAUCGCAGUGGACCCGCAAGUGAAAGCCAUCGAUGGGAAGACCUACGACGUCCUCUUUAUCGGAACAGAUAGCGGAAAAGUACUGAAAGCAAUAAACGCGGCCAGCGCGGACACCAACGAAAAAGUGAGCCCGGUGGUCAUCGAAGAGCUGUACGAGUUUGGCGGUCCCGGCACUACCACAGCCGUGCGAAACAUAAAACUCGAAGAAAAGAGACUGCUGGUCGUUACCGACAGACAAGUAGUAUCGCUUCCACUGGACAGAUGUCAAAAUGCACUUAUAGUCACUUGCGGCGAAUGCAUUGGUCUCCAAGAUCCGUAUUGUGCAUUUGACAAAGUCUACAAGAAAUGCCGUUCCAUGCGUGAAGUGCCUACCACUCGAUGGAACGAAUUCAUCCAGAACAUUCAGACCGGAUUACACCACGAAUGCCCUUCGGCUUCUAACAGCAGAAAAGACUCGAGCAUUGGAUUCGCUUCUAACGCCCAGAGCGGCGCUAUUGGAAAAUCGAUCGAAGAUGUCGGCGAUACGAUAAACCUGUCACAAGAUGAUCAAGCUCCACCAUUCGGUACCAACAACGAUGACGUAAGGGUGGACGAACGCCAAGACGGCAGCUACACUAUGGAAACUGUGCUGACGGCCGUGUUUGCCGCGUGCUUGGCUGCGUUGCUGACUGGUUUUCUGGCCGGUUACGCAUGCGCCAGGCGGUGCACGAAGAGCGAAGACGACAAUUUACCAUACCCGGACACCGAAUAUGAAUAUUUCGAACAACGGCACAACAUGAACGCGAGAAGAUAUGGAGAGCCCAAACUGCUGCCGCAAGAGGAGGUCACGUACGCCGAGCCAGUGUUAAUACCGCCGAACAAGGUGAUACACGGUUCACCGAAAGCCACGUUGAGACACGCACCGAUGCCGCCGAUGGGCUUCACCCAGUUCCAACCGAACGGCGCUCAAGACAGUUACUAUUCGCAACAGCAGAAUAUCCGCGAUCAUUUCGGAACGCUCCGGUCGCAGAGGGAACACAAAUGCUCGACGAUAAUUGGAACGGUCCAUCAAAGUUUACUCGUCUUAACUGUAUUGUUUUAUUUACCAAAACCAAAGCAGACAUUAUGUUGUGCGUCGGAGGGGAGGGCAAGACCACCGCGUCAACAUAACGCGAACGCUAGCAGCUCGUCAUCGCCUUCCCCUCCGAGCUCGUCGCCGUCACCGCCGGCAUCGCCUUCAUUGGCCGCACGCAUAACACCGCAGCAGCAACAACCGUCGUCACAACAGCAACAGCAACAACAACUGCAACUGCAACAACAACAGAUUCAACAGCAGCAGCAGCAGCAGCAGCAGCAACAACAACAACAGCAGCAGCAGCAACAACUCCAACAGCAACAACAACUCCAACAGCAACAACAACUGCAACUUCAACAACCCCAGCCACAAGCUCCGUGCAGUUUCAUAUACAGAGCGGGCGUGUGAUGAUCCGUUAGUGGUGGUCGGUUGUCUGUUGUGUGUCUUCGAUUUGCUUACAUAUUUUUUCCCCRWGACUAGCUCUGUACACAUUUUGACAACGACUUUGCUCCGUUUACAGUGAURAUAAUAAUAAUUGUUGAUUAUUAUUAUUAUUAUUAUUAUUCAUCUUAUAUGAAUUGACACAAUGUAUACACAGACACACACCGAUGAAACGUUGUCGUCGUUUCAUCGGCAGGCAGUUGUAGACGCGUUUAUUAUACAAUAUAAUUAUACUUAUAUGACGUAAUCAUCCACUUUUAUGUAUAAUUAUUAUUAUUAAUAUGUCAUAAAGGUCGACAUAAGUUUCUAAUUCCCAGUCGAUUUUUUU